AUGGGUAAAAGAACCAUAGCAUCACCACCACCACCAAUUCCACGACUUCCAUUCAUGCCUUCAAACAUGGUUGAAGUUAUUUUGCCGUCACAUAAACAACAGAACAAUCGCAGUGCCAUAGAUCAGUUGCGAUCCUGUUACCUCAAAUACUCGAGCUUGGUUUCCCUUAUGGUCAUCCUCGUUAUAUUUCUACUGUUAGACUGGCCGAAAAGCUCCAGACACACUCUUACUGUGCAAACAGAAUCGUAUUCGAAGAUUGCGAUUCCUAUCCACGAAGUGAUUGAUGAAAUUGACGUCUUAUGGGCAGCCCCAACCAAACGGGAAUCUAAUAAAUCUUCUCCCUGCGGAAUCCUCUUUGUGGCUCAUGGUUGCAAUCACGCCCAUACCGAUUGGUUUGUGAAAUGUCCACAAGGAUGUUUGGGGCUACCAGAAGAAGUUGCUAUUGUGGAUUUAGCAUUGGAACGAAAUCUAGUGGUCGUGGCUGUCUCGUCAGAGAAUCGGGAUUUCAAAUGUUGGCUUCCAGAAGUAGACGGGCCAAGGGUGGCUAGUGUAUUACAGAAAAUUUCGGAAAAGUAUGCUCCUGCUUCAUCUCUAUUGCCCAUUUGGGCGUUCGGUGCGAGUUCUGGAGGCGCUCUUGUCAGUGUCUUAGGAAAUUACAUAAAGUUACAAGGCUACUUGUCCCAGAUCAUGGCGAGACCACCAGAACAAACAAUACCCGAAAGUUGCAUUGUAUACCUGACCAUGGAACACGACUCGAUGACGCGUUCCAUGGCGAAACAAAUCCUUGCAAGUCGAAUCACUGACGGAAGGAAUGCCCAGCACAUUCGGCUGCCACCUCUUGCGAUUUCCUCACCCGAUUUCUUUUCCAAACGCAUCGGCUCAGUGUCAAAUUCCAAUUCCGAAUCAAUGGUCCAGAGCCUUCAACAAGGAGGAUUUUUGGAUUCCCAAGGCUAUUUGAAGGACGAUCCUCGGGGAUCUGAUUGGAGGUCGGCAGUCCAGCCCUUUGCUGAAAGCGACACUCUGAUGGCAGACCAAUCGGCAAUUUCCGAAGUCAUGAAUGCGGCCUACAGCAUGCAUGAAAUGUCGCGCGAAGGUGUUGCCAAAGGAUUGGAUUUUUGCAUGUCCGUACUACCAUCUUCUUCUUCGGCAUGUGGAUAG